GUGCACACCACAAUUUAUAAGUUGAUUUAUACUUCAUAUUAAUCUCAUUCUGCUACAUUGGAUUAGAGUUCAUAAUGUAAUAUUUGCAUUUGUGUAGUUAUUCUUUUAUGAAUAGGCCUUAAUCAAAAAAUCAGUAUGAAAGAGUUGAUCUGUGCUACACAUCAGUCUUGAGGAUUUAUUGGCUUUUCGAAAGCGUAGUUUGCCAGUUUAACUGCAGCUGUUAUUGCUAUUGUGCACCAGUGGGUGUGCUGAUUUAUCUUGGCCUUUACUUUAUUACUGAAAAAAAUCUUAAAAAUGUCAGAAUUCUGGGGCAUGUUUUGAAGAAGUCCCGUCCAGUCAAGUAUGUGCAAUUACAUGUGUUUGCUGCAGACUGAGCAAUGUUUUGUUGGUGGGUUUAAACGUCUGUAUUUUGGCUUAUAAUGGCCAGAUUCUGAUGCACACUUCCUUUCCUGUAUCCCGUUUUUAAAAAAAUUUUAAAUCAUAGAAGCUUCAUGAUACUGUAUAAUGGAUUAAUGGGACAGCAGUGCAGAGGCUUCUGAACUUGCAUUAGAAUCCUCGGGUUUAAAAUAUUUCUUCAACAUUAAAGUAAUCCAGUGACAGUUGUCAGUAUUUCCACUGCUGCACAGCAACCAAUCGCUGUUAAUUCAUAAUUAAUUCAGCAAACAUUGUUUUUCAGAUGGUAAAUAAAUACAGUUUAAAACAGUGUUUCUGUCAUUGCGACAGUAUAACUCAGUUUAAUGCAUAACCUGAAGUGUCCAUCAAAGUGACCAAUCAUAUUAGGACUUUGUCCUCGUUUGGGAUCCGGACAAUCCAGAAAGUCAAAAGCAAGUUUAUUUGGGCGAGCAGGAUUUAUCUCCAAACGCAGAGAGCUACUUGCGAGCAUGGAAAACUAUAGCAGCGAGUGCAAAGCAAACAGUUUUGCCUGAUAAGAGGAUAAUCAUGUCUGUGUGAUUCAUACAAACUUUACCCCUCAAUAUAACACCUUCUCAACAAGAUAACGGCUCUGUGUUCGUUUUCAGACGUCAUAUAAUAAUAAUAUUUGCUCUGAUUGUUGCACGUCGCUAAAAGAUGUGUCUGCUGGAACCAAAAAUACACCUUUCUGAGUGCAUCAAUUAAAACAAUUGUCUAUUUUAUUGUUGUAAAACACAUGUAGCUGAAACACGAAUGUGGGAUAGCCUUCUGUUUCUUCAUGGACAGGCGAAUUUUUAUUAAAAUACUUGAAUAAUUUUACAACGCAGCGCUCCCCUGUCUCACCCAUCAGUCUCUUUCGAUGUUUCUCGUAUACGGCAAUUAUUCCAAUAAGCCGUCAUUUAUGUAAUUACACUUUGGAUCUGACUGUAAAAAUGAAUAUAUAGGUCUUCACAAUCCAAAGCAGAAAUAAUAAUGAGAAAAGGGGAAUUAUUCCCUUUUAUUCGUAAUUAUAAGACCCAGCACAAGUGUCCCAUGGGCCCACCCAGGUCACGUGACUUCGAUAACGUGCCUUGUGUCCAUUAUGCCCCUUAAUGUUUUUUCUUCUUCUGAGAGCAGCCACGAGGUAACGGCAAGAUAUGGGCGAAUGGAUGGAACUGCUACUUUCGUUUGUGUUUUUAUGGGCAACUGCUGCGAUAAGUCAUGCAACGCUAUUUUUCCGCGAUAACCUGUUUUUGUUGCUAAUAUCUGCGCUCCUGCUGACCAGAGAAGCUGACGCUCUUCAGGUGAUCAGUGGAAGUGUGACAGUGGUUCAAGGAGGUACAGCUAUUUUAUCGUGCCAUGUCAUUGAUACCAAUGAUGACCUGACACAGAUUACCUGGCAGAGGAGGACGAGAGAAAAACCUCACAGUGACAAUUUCCUAACUAUCUUACCCAGAGAUGGAGCACAGUUUGUCAAUGGAGGUGAUGAUCGAUUUAAAUAUAUCGGGAAUUUUAAUGACAAAAAUGGAACUCUCCAGUUUUCCAAUGUUGCCCUGAAGGAUGAAGGCAGCUACACAUGCAUCUUCACCUUGUUUCCCAGUGGAAAUCAGAAGACUGAAAUACCUCUGAACUUGCUUGUGCGUCCUUUCACAAACGUGAAGGACAAUCUUCCCACUUUGGGCACAGAAGAGGUUUUAUUUGCUACCUGCACGGCUGCCGGAUCGAAGCCUCCUGCAGAGGUGAGGUGGCUCACUGAUGGUUUGGGAGAAAAAGUGAGGACGACAACAAACUCGACACAGUAUGACAACGGCACAACUACCACAGUCAGCUCUCUGUUUGGCGUACCUACAAGAGAGAUUAACAGUCACCAGGUCCAGUGUGUCAUCAGCGGUGACUCCCUGUCUAAAGAAGAAACCCUGCCCUUCACCAUACAGAUCUACUUCUCUCCCACAGAAGUGAAUAUUAGAGUGAUUACAGAAGACUCAUUUGAGUGUGUGACAGAAGCCAACCCAAGUGCCAACUUUACCUGGAGUAGAUCUGGCCAGACUUUGCUGCAGUCUUCUAUCAAAGUCGACGGUGCAGAGCUACAACUGCUGAGCCUGACCUCUGAUCAAAAUGGCCUCUAUCAGUGUGAAGCAUCUAAUGCAUAUGGAACUAAACAUGGUCAGCUCUAUGUGCAUGUGGCAUCAGGAGCAUGCUCUGCUGUUUGGGCCCUAGUUGGUGUUUUGUUUUUCCUGAAUGUUGCUGUUGCUGCAGUAUGGUACCUUGAUAAAUCCAAACAGCUUCAAAGGUGUUUUCCAUCACAUGGUGAUGGGCCUAGAGACCCACCAUCUCCCAGGAGUGCAGGAGAUGAUCAAAGACGAGAGCAAGAACAACUGCAGGAAGGAGCCAGACUCACUCUACAGUGUUUUACUGUAAGCUGCAUCACUUUCCACCUUGGUGAAAGGGGGUAUUUGUGAGAGCCAGCAAAAUGCUUUCCAUUUGACAACAUGUCUUUACUCUACACAUUAAAACAGUCUUCUCAAACUGUGGAGCUGGUGGUGCACGGACUACUGUAGGGAAUAACUGGGGACAUUUCAGAGAAAGCUGGAGAAUUACUUUGUUAAAGCAUUACACAGUCAGGGUUCCCUGCUUUUGGAAAGCUAUACAUCAUAUCAAAUCAUAUAUCAUACACCUGUGUCCCAGAUGGUUGUACUUUUCAAUUUAUUUAGGUUUUUGUGGCAGCUUUUUUUUAAGCAUUCAAUCACUAAAGUGUGUUGUUUGAUCUGUAUUCUAAAUUGACUAAUUAUAAAUCGUUCAGUGUGCUUGCUUUAUAUCUUGUGUUUUUAUUGUUUGCUUAAAAUUAAACUUUGUUUUGUAAUUGCUUUUAUAACAUGUUACACUGCUGAAAUACUUUUUGUUACCAUUUUUCUUCAAAAGUAAAUAA